CAGUCUAAGGAGCUACACAACUUCUUCUGCUGAAGCGCGCAGACGCCUAGAGACAACCGAAACAACCCUUCGCCCCGGCCCAGAUGUUGUUCCCCAAAAUAUUUACAAUGCCAUGAGACAAUAAAACCUAGGAAGCUUGUGAACUACGCUACUUGCGAUGGCAGCGAGCGGACAGCCGGAAUCCCCAGCAAUUCUGGGGCCCGAAGAGCAACUCCCACCAUGGGGAGCGCUAUCACCGUUGAUGCUCGAAACCAUCGGCAGCUGCCUGGCAGCUGCCGACUGCAGGUCCGACCUGCUGCGCGCGCGCCAGGCCUGCCGCCACUGGCACGCCUGCCUCACGCGCUGCGUCACGCGCGCCUGCCUGUACGGCGACGCCGUGCUGCUGCCCGCGCCCCCCGCCACUGCUACAGCCUUCCCCGCUGCUACUGCUGCCUCCCCCGCCACCAAUGCUGUGCGUGCAAACGCGGCCGCUGCGGCCCCUGCAGCAUCAGGGGACAACCAGCAGCAUCAGCAGCAUCAGCAGCACCAGCAGCAGCACCAACAGCACCAACAGCAGCACCAGCAGCAGCAGGUGGCGAUGGUGGUGGGCGGGUGCUUCGCCCCCACCCUCACCGAGCUCUCCGUCGCCGGCCUCACAUUCAACUUGUCCUGGCUGCCGCUGCUGGCGCGGCAGCUGUCGGCACUUACCGGCCUGUCGCUGGCGGCGGCCCGAUACACCGUGGCGCCGCUGCCGCCGCCGCCGCCGCCGCCGCUGCCGCCGCCGGUGGCAGUGCGGGAACCCCCGGCAGCGGCAGCGACAGCGGCAGCGGCGGUAGCGGCGGUAGCGGGUGCGGCAAUGACACAGCAGCAGCGGCCGGAUGUCAGUGGUAGCAGUAGUAGGGCAGCGGAGGCUGUGCCGGCAGCGGGCGCUGAAGGCGCCGACGCCGGCGGCGACAAGGGAAACGGCGACAACGGUGCCAACGGCCCUAACGGUCCUAACGGAAACAACGGUAACGAUCCUAACGGCAACGCCCUAGGCCUGGAUGGCGCCAACGUCGCGGCGGCGCUGGCGGCGCUGGGUGACCUGCCGCAGCACCUGCUGGCGGCGGCGGCGGCGGCGGCGGGCGUGCCGGCGGCGGAGGCGGCGGCGAUGCUGUCCGCCGCCGCCGCGCAUCUGCAUCACGCCGCCAGUUGGCCGCCGGCGCCGCCAGGGCUGCGGCGGCUACAGCUGGCGGUUACUGACGACACGCCGCCGGACGCGCUGCGGCGGUUGCUACUGCUGCCGGAGGCGAAGGCGGCAGUAGCAGGAGCGGGAGUGGCAGUAGCUCCCGCUGCGCCAGGGGCGGGCGGUGACGGCGCCGGUGGUGGUGGCAGUAGCAGUAGCAACAGGAGCAGCAGUGGCAGCAGCAGCGGUGGCGCUGGUACUGCCGCGCAGCUACUGCCGCUGCGGGAGCUGUGCAUCUCGCAGCACGGGCUGUCGUCAGGUGGGCCGGCGGCGGCGCUGGCGGCUGGGGCCACCGGCACGAUCAGCCGUGCCGCGUUUCUGGAUCUCAGCCCCCUUUUGGAUCCACGCUUGGCGGGCGUCACACGCCUCACACUUGUCACACUGGAUCAGGCGCGCUUCCCUGCGGCUGCUGCUGCUGCUGCUGCUGCUGAUGGUGGUCAGGCUGAUGGUGGUGGCGGGAAUGGUGGUGGCGGCGCCGGCGGCGGGAAUGGCGGAGGGCUGCAGCAGCAGGCAGGGGCGGCGGCCGGGGCUGGGGCUGGAGCCGGUGACGGAGGCGGCGGAGGGGCGGGAGGGGCCCGGCGGGUGCCGCCUCCGCCUCCGCCGCCUCUGGAUGGGCGCCACAUCGUGGCCCGGCUGACGCAGCUGCGCAGCCUUACCAUUCUGGAGCAGGUGGUGUUGCCGGUGCUGCUGCCGGGCUCCCUGGCGCACCUGCCCGCCCUGCAGCAGCUGCAGCUGCCGGGCGGCGUGUUCGUGGACACGGCGGCGGACUUCAGGCCCCUCACACAGCUGUCGCGGCUGACCUCGCUGGCGCUGAACUUCGGGACUGAGUGGUGGCUGGACGCGGGUGACCUGGGUGUGUUGUCGCGGCUGUCUCAUCUGCGGGAGCUGCGGCUGAGCAUUGACUACGGCCUGGAUGAGGUCUAUGAUGAAGAAGACGACAUGUCGGAUGAGGUCUAUGAUGAAGAAGACGACAUCACGGAUGAUGGACUUGACUUUGAUGACGAGGAAGAGGAGGAGAAGGAGGAAGAGGCGGAGGGGGAAGAGGCGGAAGAGGAGGAGGCGGAAGAGGAGGGCGAGACGGCUGCGGAGGCGGAAACAAGGCCGCAGCGGCCACAGGCUGUGGCGGCGGCGGCGGCGGUGGAGGGGGUGUUGGCGAAGGAGGAGGCGUCAGGACAGGAGUGCCGCCGCCACCACCCACACCUCCACCACCACCACCACCACAUUCCCAGCCCAUCCCACGCUCCCAGCCGCCAGUGCCGCCGCCGCCUCAGCCUGGCAGCAGCGCUGCGUGACGCCUGGCGGCGCAGCGGCGGCGGCGGCGGCGGCGCACACGGCCUGGCCCCCCACCACACCCACCCCGGCCCCGGCGACGACUGGCGCCCCGCCCUCAGCGGUCUGACUCAGCUGACGUCACUGGGGCUGCGGCUGCGUAACGGCGGCGGGCGGCACUUGGCGGCGGCGCUGGCGGCGGCGGCGGCGGCGCCGCACGGGCAGUCGAAAGGCCACGGCGAGGCGGCAGAUGGGCAGGUGAAAGGCCACGAGGGCCAGGGCGAGGGAGGCGGUGGCGGGAGUGGCGCGGCGGCGGCGGCGCCGCCGGGUGUAUCGCUGGCGCUGCUGGAUGCGCCGGCGGCGGCCUUCCUGAAUGUGCAGUUUUGGUUGCCGUGGGUGGAGGAGGCGGAGGCAGCGGAGGACGAGGCGGAGGCGGAGGAGCGGCAGGCAGCGGGGGUGGCGGCACACAAGGAAGCGGCGGAGGCAGAAGAGAAGGGGAAGGCCGGAGGCGCGUCCCCGCGGGGGCAGCUACAGCCUGCAGCAGCUGCUGCUGCGGCUCCAUCGGCGGCGGUGGCGGUGAUGGCAGCGGGGGCAGCGGUGCCUGCUACUGCCAACGCCGCCACGCCGGCACCGCACGCCGCCUUGCCACGCGUAACUGCAGCCUUUGGCGGCCUUACCAUCGCCGCCGCCGCCGCCGCCGCCGCAACGGCUAGACCGCCUGCGCCCGCCGCUUCCCCGCCCGGGGCCCCAAACGUGUCCAGCCCGGUCCCCCUGCUACAGCCGUCGGCACCGCCGCAGUCGCCGCCGCCGCUUGUGUCGCUGCAGCUCGGCAGCGGCCGCAGCCUCGUGCUACAGCCGGGGCAUCUGCUGUGUCUGGGGGUGCUGGGGGCGUUGCGGUCGCUGGACCUGUGUUUCACAGCGGCGGUGGCGGCGGCGGCGGCGGCGGCGGAGGUUGAUGACGCGGCGGCGGCGGCGGCGGCAGCAGCGAUGCCCGCCAGAGCCCGCGGCAGCAGCAGCCAGGCGCGCGUGCGAACGCGCGCUUUCGGCAGUAGCGCCGUCCGUGACGGCAGUAGCUGCAGCGGCAGCAGUAGCAACCCACUGGGUGUGAUUGCUCGGCUGCGGUCGCUGCGUACGCUGCGGCUGAGGGUUAAGCAGCCCCGGUCUACCCAAGCCCCGACCGCUGGUGGUGGCGGCGGCAGUAGCGGCGGCAGUAGCGGCGGCAGUAGCGGCGGCAGUAGCGGCGGCGGCGGCGCUGUGCUGUGCCCGCUGGAUGACGCGCUUUUGCUGGCUUGGCUACAGCCGCCGCCUGGGUCCUGGGGCGAUGCCGGAUGCGGCUGUAGCAGCAGGGGCAGCCGUGACAUCACUGGUGGUGACGCCGGCAGUAGCGCCCCUGGCGGCUGCGGCUGUGGCGGCUGCGGUGGCGGCUGCGGCGCCGGCGCCGGGCUGGCGGCGCUGCAGGAGCUCAGCCUGCGGGGGGUGGGCCGGCUGGGCGACGCCGGGUUGAGUGCCAUAGGCGCACACACCGCCCUGCACACCCUGCGCCUGAGGCUCAAGCCGCCGCCACUGCCAGCAGUAGCAGGAGCAGCGGCGGCGGCAGUAGCAGGGGCAGCAGUAGCGGCGGAGUCGGCAGCGGGGGGCGCUGCGAGCGCGGGCGGUAUGGCCGCCGACGCCGGCGGGUUCGGGUACGGCCUCGGCGAUACGGCAUCGCACGUGCGGCUGGGGUACGGCAGUUACUAUGGCAGUUGCUACGGCGCCAGCAUUGCCGCCGGGGGUGGCGGUGGCACCGGUAGCGUGUACAACAGUAUUGGUGGUUACGGAGGCUACGGCACGAGCAGGGCAGACGGCGCGGCAGUCCGUACUGGCGGUGCCGGUACGGCAAACGCGCGAGGCGGCGGCGGCGGCGGCGGGGGUGACGUGGCGUGUGGCAGUAGCAUCGGCGGAUGGCAGGCCGGCUGGGGCGCGUGGGGCGGCGGCGGCGGUGGCAGUAGCUUUGCCACGACGCCGCUUGGGGUGUCGCCCGCCGCCCCCAGCUUCAUGGCCAUGGCUGCAGCUGCCACUGCUGCUGCUACUGCCGCUACUGCCGCCACUGCCGCUACUGCCGCUACUGCCGCUACUGCCGGUGACACUGGUGCCGCGGGGGCUGUGGCUGUAGCCGCCGCUGCUGCAGCCACGGAUGGGCCGGAGCCCAAUGGGCAGGGGGCGGGUGGUGCCGGCGGCGGUGGCGGUGGCGGUGGCGGAGGGGGUGGCGGCGGCACCGGCGGCGGCGGCUGCGGUGGCGGCUGCGGCAGCGGUGGCGAUGCAGCUCGCUACGCGGCUCGGGACGCGUUGGUGGCGGGCGGCGUUUGGGUUGAGCGCACACGGCUGGCGGCGUCCGUGCCCUACCUCCUCCGCCCCCACCACCUGCCGCCCUCCCUCACCUUCCUCGACCUGACCAACGCGGCCUUCGGAGCGGAGUGGGCAGCAGCAACAGCAGUAGCAACAGCAGCCGCAACUGCUACUGCCGCUGCUCCCGCCGCCGCCGACGGCAGUAGCUACAGCAACCCCAGCAGUAGCAGGGGCAGCAGCAGUAGCCCAUCCCGGCGGCCCCUGCCGCGUCUGGUCACCCUAAAGCUGUGUCGCGUGCCGGUCAAGACCACACAGCUGCCGCCGCGACGGCAGCCUCGCCAACCGCCGCCGCCGCCGCCGCCGCCGCCGCCAGGCCCGCCGGGGCAGUACUGCAUCGGCAACGGCGGCGGCGCCGCCACCACACCCGCGCCCGCGCCCUCCCUCACACCGGCACCGGCGCCGGCUCCCCCGCUGGCGCCCGACCAGGACCCAGCCCGUCUGACGGACUGGCACCUGUCGCACCUGCUGACGCACCCCGCCUGGGCCGCCUGUCUGUCCCACGCCGAACUGAGGGACGCCGGCGGCGGCGGCGGCGGCGGCGGCGGCGGCGGCGGCGGCGGUGGUGCCAAGCUGCAUCACCGGGCGGUGGGCGCGCUGGGCCGGCUAAGCUACUUGGAGUCGCUUACUUUCAUGGUGGGCGACCGACUAAGGUGGCGGGCGCAGGAGGCGCUGGUGCGCAGCCUCAGCCCCGGGCUGCGGCGGCUGCGGCUGCACGUGACGCACAUGUACAGCGAGGCGGUGGCGGAGGUGCCGCAGCGCCUCAGGCAGUUGGCGGAGUUUCAGUUGGCGGGUCACGUGGAUCCGGACUACCUGGACGAGCUGGCGGGCGCCGUACAGGCGGUUGGCCGGGCGCUGCCGGGCUGCGUCGUCGUACCGCUGUACCGCGAGCCGGUCGCAAUGGACGAGCAAAUGGAGGAGGAGGACGAGCAGGAGGCGGCGGGGCAGCAGGCGGCGGGACAGGAGGCGGGACAGGAGGCGGCGGGGCAGCAGGCGGCGGGACAGGAGGCGGGACAGGAGGCGGCGGGGCAGCAGGCGGGACAGGAGGCGGCGGGGCAGGUGGCGGCGCAGGGGCUGCAGGGGCUGUAGCGUCAGGGACAGGGGAACCUGGGCGCGCGGGGCAGCUGGGGACGGAGCGGGGGUGGGAGGGGGAUAGCAGGGCGCCGAAGGUUCGUUGGCAACGGUAGGUGAUGUGGUGGCGGCGGCUGUAAUAAGGUGGCGGCGGCGGCGGUGCUAGGUCGCUCGUGCUGCUGGGUAGGUGGAGCUGUUGGGUGUGGGUGUAUGUGUGAUGGGACAGUGUUAAGGCAGUUGGGCGAAGUUCCGUAGGGUGCAGCUGAUUCCCUGACUACCGUACCCCAGCAGCAGAUGGCAAACAAUUUUGCAGCGGCAGGGCAGGAUAGGCAGGAGUGCGCGGCUGGUUGAACGCCAGAGUUUCUACUGUGCCGACAAGGUGCUAGCUGGCUGGAAGUGGGUGUGGGCAGCAGGUGAAGGGAUGAUGAUGUAGAUGAUGCGAUAUCCCGAGAUUCGGUGUGUGAUGCGACACGGCGCCUGCUGGGAAUGAAGGGACGGCCAGGCUAGGGUGUAGGGAAGCAGCCCUGAGCAGCCUCUGCCGCAAUGAAGUAGCUAGAUAGAGUUGUCUG